AUGCUGUACCACCCGGCGCCCAAAGAGUGCGAGCUCGUUCAGCCCGCCUCGCCGCGCGGCGAGACGCAGAUGCCGCUCAUCCUCGUCCACGACGGCGGCGGCACGACGUUCGCGUACCACUGUCUAGGCCCCCUCGACCGGGCCGUCUUCGGCAUCGCCAACCCGCGCUUCCACUCGGGCGUGCCCUGGGACGGCGGCCUGCCCGAGAUGGCCGCGACGUACCUGCGCAUGAUCCGGGCCACCGUGACGAAGGGCCGGGACUACCCCGCGCAGGCGCCGCGGUCACCGCCGCCGCCGCGCUCGAGCAGAGGCGGCGGCGGCAAGCCCCGCAGGAGGAUCCUGCUGGGGGGCUGGAGUCUCGGCGGGAUGCUCUCGCUGGAAAUCGCGCGGCAGCUCGGCGACGAGGACGAGGACAUUGAGAUCGCCGGGCUGGUCAUCGUCGACAGCGUGUACCCCGUGUGGCCCGAGGGGCUGCGGGUCAAGAUCGGGCGCCUCGUCGACGGGCCGGAGCCCGAGACCAAGAACCUGCGGCUGGCGCGGCGGGCGAUGGGGAUGGCGGGCGGGAUGGUGCGGGCGUGGAAGAUUCCCCGGUGCGGGGCGGCGGCGGCGGCGGCGGCGGCUGUGACGGUGCCCAGGAUGGCGGGUGGCGGAGACGUCGACGACCGGGAAAACCACGGGGACGGCGACCACGGGGGCUUGGACACGGGCUUUUACGGCAGUAAGCGCGAGAAGGAGACGGCGGAGGUGGUGUGGGAGAGGCCGCCGCGGGCGGUCCUGGUCAAGGCCAAGGCGCGCGUGCCGUCGUCGACGGCAGGGGUCAUCAGCUCGGUGGACGUGUACCGCGAGGACGAGAAGCUGGGGUGGGACGGGUACUGCCCCGGCUUCGUCGAGAGGGUGCUGAUGACGGAGGGGCACCACUUUGACAUGUUCGACUGGGGCCACAUUGACGGCAUCACGGAGAAGAUAUUUGAGGCUUGCAGGGUCUUGGAGAGAGCUGGUUGA